UAGUAGAAUGUAGGGCGUUCAGAUCAUUUGACGGCCAGUGAACAUACCAACGAGACAUUAGCAAGCUAAUCAAGGAUUCCACCCAAACAUGGCACUGAAUCGAAAUCAUGCGCAAAACGGGGGAGUUAUGAUUAAUAACGGAGAAAGUGUCUUGAGAGAGUGCAAAAAUGUGGAGUUGUCCUUCAGUGAUGUUACGUGCAAGACAGAUGUAUUCAAGGGAACCAAGAAGGGUUCUGUGUACCUCACACCAUACAGGAUGGUGUUUGUCUCCAGCAACCCAAGGGACAACCUCGGCUCCAUUAUGUUCCCCUACUACCUGAUAAAGGGCUGCAGUAUUGAACAGCCAGUUUUUGCGGCAAAUUACAUCAAGGGCACACUUCAUGCAGAGCCAGGAGGUGGCUGGGAGGGACAGGCAGGUUUCAAGAUGUCCUUCCCAAGUGGUGGUGCCAUUGAGCUGGGCCAGCACCUCUUCAAACUGGCCACAAAUGCGUCUCGUGCCCCUCCAGCCCAAAAUGGAGGUGCCUCAUUCGGCUAUCCUUCACCUGGUGCUAUGAAUGGCUAUGGACCUCCACCUAUGCCCAUGGGCUAUCCUUACGCACCUCCUCCUCAACAAAAUGGUUUCCACCCUGGUCCCGCUCCACCCCCUGGCAACAUGGGCUAUCCAUAUCCCGCAGCUGGAAUGUACCCAUCUGCCCCUGCUUACAUGGCCCCUCCUCCACCUUAUCCUGGACCACCCCAGAACUGGGCUGCACCCCCUGCACCCCCUGCAGGUAAUGCAAAGGCAGCCGAGGCCGCUGGCAGUGCGUACUACAACCCAAACAAUCCCCACAAUGUCUACAUGCCCAUGGAGCAGCCUCCUCCAUAUGCACCAUACCCCAGCUACCCUGAGAAGAAGAACAACUGACAAGUGACCACCAGUACAGUGCAUCCAUUCCCACUGCAGCACAGACCAUUCUUUUUGAUUAAAUACUGAGCCAAUGUAGGUAUUCAUUUGUGACUGACCAUGCUGGCUAGAGUGCACCCAUACGAAAUGUUGAGUGAAUUGAUCCUAUUCAGAUCAAGGGUGGUCAUAGCAAGUAUAUUGAAUGGAUUAGGUACUCUCACCUUUCUGUUCUAAUCCCUCUUGAUUAUCUCAGCUCCUUUGAAACUGUUUUACUCAGAUUUUUUACCUUCAUUAGAUAACUUACUCAUGUAUUCAAUAUAUGUGUGGACUGUUCUCUUGCUUGAGUGUUGGGGCACUGAACUCUGCCCAAGGGAGAGCUUUUGCAACUUCUUGUGUGGAAACUGGGAAUAGCAGACAUGGGAAUGUAUACGCAAAGGUAUUUUACAUUUUCAACAUGGACAAGAGCCAAUGAUGUCAUAGGGAUAAUUUAUUUUUCAUAAUGAUCAAUUUGCACAAUUCUGUGAUGAACCAUGUGACUUAAAAACGUAAAAAAAAUAUAUUGCGAUUUGAUAACAUUACUCUUACCAGUAAUAGUAUAUUUUUUACAUGGCUGAAGUGGCUGAGAAGGAUAAAUCCUGCUAUUGGCUUUGCAGCAUAGUCUUAUUCUGUUUGGUAGCGAGCCUUCCAAUGCACAGCAGCCUUUUGUGAUUCCCUUUUUUUUUUUUUUUUUUUGCCUAGGAAGAUAGUUUUGUGAUCCACAUUAUACCAUAGGAUUGAGAUGGCUGUGAUUGACAGUAGAGUGGUUGCGUUACUGGACACUCCCAGAAGUCUUGGUGACCUUAUCAUAUCAGGUUUGGUCCCUCCCCUUUGUUCCUUUUUCAAACCACAGUCAUGACUUCUAAUCUUGUUAGAAACUCCAACCUCACUCUUUCUGUAAUUACCACAGAGUUGAGUUACACACGCACACACGCGCACACAUAUACGCAAGCAUUUGGACACAACACACACCUUUUACCCAGUGUGGUUGUGUCAUGUUUCACAGCCACCUCCCAAGUGAACUGCAGGUAUUUAUGCAUAAUUGAACUGGAUCCGUAGCCUGCUCUGUUUUAAAAAGUCUUUGUCUCCUCUAGUUUUGUUUAUCUUUUUGUCAUGUCAUGGCUUUUACAGGAUUUGGUGAAGUGUUAGAAAAGAUGAAGUGUAUUUAACAAAAGCUCUUUUGACUUGGCUUGUGUUUGUAAAUUCUUUUAUGUUAAUUUUUAAAUUCUAAAACUGAUCAAUAUUUCUAUAAUCAAACAACUAAUAAAUGUAUAUUGAAAAUA